AUGGCGGCUGUCUGCUCAAUCCUAUUCGCUGUGGGGAACUUGGGUGAGACAAUACCUGCUUCGUUCAUGCGCAUGGUCAUCAGGAAUGGUCAACCAGUGAGUUCCUGGUUGGAUCUUUGGCAUCCUGCAGGGAGAUUGAUUGAUCUUACGAGAGAAAUUGGAACUCAAAAGCUAGGCAUUGCAAUAAAUGCAAGAAUCUGUGAUGUUUUUGUUAAUAAUUGGAGGAUUCGGGUCUGUCGUGGUCGACAGUUGCAGCGUCUGUUGCAGGAGAUACAUCACUUCCAAUUAUUGCUGACUGUUAAUGUUCCUGAUGGGAUCUUGUGGAAGAAUGGACCCGACGACUAUGGAGGCAAGAUCAUAUCAUCAGGAACAUGGAAACAAAUCAUGCAGGGUAAGGAUAAAGUGCACUGGAGUAAGAUCAUAUGGUUCUCCCAAGGUGUACCUCGCUAUGCUUUUAUCACCUGGUUAGCUUUCCGUAACGGACUAUCUACAGGUCGCCAUACUCAUAGAUGGAGCCAGCCGCAAGAAUGUCUUUUCUGUGGCGAGCCAGAUGAGACAAGAGAUCAUCUUUUCUUUGCUUGUCCUUAUACCUUCAUGUUGUGGUUACAAGUUGUUCGAAAUAUUUUUGGAGUUGAGCCUGAUCCCGAUUGGGACAUCACCAUAUCUCGUCUGAUCACAGGAACAUACGACCAUAUUACUUUUAUCUUGUUGAGACUGGUAUUACAAGUCACCAUCUAUUUCAUUUGGAGAAAGAGGAAUGAUAGAAGGCACAACAACUCCGCUAAGCAUGUGGACCAAUUUGGCUGUAUCAUAGAAAAGACAAUGAGGAAUUGA